GUUCGUGAGAUUAAAAGCGGGUAUCGACAUGGGAGUUCAUCGCAAUACUGUAUCGUCAACCGACCGAAUAUAACGCACGCAGAGCUCUUACUAUACUUACAAAUUAAUUAAAUUUUUGGAGAAGUUACCCCCCAUACAAUAGAGCUAAUAAUUCCAGUUUAAAUAGCACUGCAAAACCAGUUGUGUGUCGAGUUUACAGUUUUUUCUCACUUCUUCAAUUCACUUGUUUUCCCACAAGAACACCAAGGAUUCAACGUCCCUCCUUUUCUUCAUUUCUUUUCUUCAUUUUGUGACCAAAGUUUAAUUUCAAUUUUUUUCUUCUGAAAAAGAAAAGUAAUAAUUCCCCUAAAGAUACCAUCUCAGUUACGGAGACUUUUUUCAUCAUCAACGACAAAAGUGUUGAGCCAGAGAGUUAAAAAAAAAAUAAAUAAAAAUAAAUAAAUAAAAGUUAAUCAAUCCAAUAAGAAAGUAAAAGCAAAGUGUGUGUUAUUUGAGAUAAAUAAAAAUAAGGAAUUCCAACAAAGAUUUUAAAAAAAUUAAGAUUAAUUAAGAAAAAAUAUAUAAAAUUCGAUAAUAAAAAAUAGUGUAUUUAGAGAAUUUUCGACGUUUAAUUUUUUUAUGAUUACAUUAAAAUAAAAAAAGGGUGUAAAAUACGCGUAAUCGAAAGUGUUUUUUGUAUUUUUCUACUUUUAUAAUUCUGUUGUAAUAUUUGCGAAAGUAUAUUAUAAAAAAGUCUCUACUAAAAUAACCUUCAAAACAAAUUAUAAAAAGCAAAAUCCUAAAAUUCUGACUUAAAAAAAAAAUAACAAAAAUUGGCUGAGAAGCUGCAAAUCUCCCAUUUGGAAGAGUGUGUUUAAUUUAUGUUGAUAGCAGAUCGAACUGAUUUAUCCACAAAGAAUCAAUAAAUACAAAUUACCAAAUCCAGACAAAGUGAUCGUAUACGAUUGCUGUGGCGGAAUUAAUUGUGAAAUUGGCAGAACAUCUGCUUGUGAUUGUAUUACCCACCCACCCGUGUUUUGCAAGUUGCUGACAAAAACCAAAAAAUGCAUAUAGAAAUUCAAGUUGCACUCAAUUUUGUCAUAUCCUACUUGUACAACAAAUUACCACGUCGCCGUGUAAAUUUAUUCGGUGAGGAGCUUGAGAAGGCGCUCAAGGACAAAUUUCAAGGUCACUGGUAUCCGGAGAAACCCUUCAAGGGCUCUGCAUUUCGUUGUCUGAAAACCGGAGACCCAACUGAUGCUGUUCUCGAUAGAGCGGCCAGGGAAAGUGGUGUUCCCAUCAAUGAUAUUCUCGAGAAUCUUCCAUCGGAAUUGGCUGUUUGGGUCGAUCCUGGAGAGGUGUCCUAUCGAAUUGGCGAAAAGGGAGCCAUCAAAAUCCUCUUCUCAGAGUCCAAUGAACACCAUGAGGACUCCUCUUCAGCUGAUCGUGAGGUCACGAAAACAUUCAAUCCAGAGGCACAAUGCUUCCGGCCAAUUGAUGCUGUCAACUCGAGCUUCGGUACACUCAGUAUAAGUCCAAAGACAUCACCCAAUGGAUCCCCACUGGCAUCCACUGGGAGUCCAACAUUCAAGAAUGGUGCUCUAACUACAAGUCCAGCACCCGGCACCGGUGCCCACUCAUUCCUGCCACGCACCCAGGCACCGCUCACCUUCACCACGGCCACAUUCGCUCAGACCAAAUUCGGCAGCACCAAAUUGAAGACUAGCUCUAAGAGGGCAAAUAGGCAAUUCCCAUGCAGGAUGUCUCCCACUGAGUUCUCCAACUACAUCAAGCAGCGCGCAAUGCAGCAGCAACAGCUGCACCAUUCGCACAACCAUAAUGGAUCCAAUGGCAACCAUUUGGGCCCCAUUGGACCAGCUUCCCCAUCGCGCUCCAUCUCCCCGAAUCCGCUCACUCUCGGACUCGGCAGUGAUCCCUACUUCUUCCAGAACCUCAAUAUGAGCGUGUAUCCACAAUUUGGUGGACCACGUAGCGUCUUUGGCGAUUCGGGCCACUUUGGGGCUCAUCCGCCGGACAUGUACUCCUCGCCUAUGGGCAAAUUCAACUCGUACCAGGAGCCACACAAUUUCUACAGCGCCGGAGGUCUGUCAACUGGUCAGCAGGGCGUUGUAGGGGCUGGUGGUGGAUUGGCCAACAGUCCGUCCGCAGCUACCACCACGGAUACCAAUGCGGCUUCAGGGGCUGCAGCUGGAUCCACCCAGAAUGCAGAGGGAAGUUCUCCGGGCACCAGCGACAGCGCCAAACUUCUGGAUGGCCUCAACUCCUUCUACACCAAUGCAGGUCCGUAUCAGCAUCUCUUAGUCGCAAACUAGACAAUUGUAUAUUGAAGAAAAAAAAAAAGAAAACACACAAGAUCGGUUGCCACAUAAUUUAUUUUUCUACACUAUGUUUUGUACUUUUUUAUUGAGAAAAAAAAAUAAACAUAUAUUGUUGUACAUAAGAGAAGGUGAGCAAUCUUAUUCGCGAUUGCUUGAAUAUGGAUACUUUUAAACUCACCCGGGGGACGAUGGUUAAUUUCAUUUUCUAUAUAGUCACUCGAAUUGAUUAGAUACGAAUGAGAAAAAAAAAUUAUUAAUUAUUAAAAAAAAAAAAACAGAACACAGGGUAAUACGCGAGAAUUGAGCAAAGAUAUCGAAGGUUUCUUUUUUCGCGGUGUUGCUACCAACACCUGGGGGAAAGAAUGGUAUAAAAAAAAAUUGAAAAAUUGUGUCAUAAAAUUUGUCUGUUGAUUGAUUUUCCUAAUUUUUCGUCUUCUAUAUUAAACAAGAAUUUAAAGAAUAAAAAUCAAGACGAUACUGUGUAGUAAACACGAUUUCUUAUUUUUUUUCAAAUUAAAAAAGAACUACACAAUGACAUAAAAUAAUAUAAAAGAAAUUUUAAGAAAAAAAAAAGAAUCACCCACCAAAAUCUAUCAUUAUAAUUAAAUUACAUGCAAUUAGAAAUGCAAGAAAAAUUGAUAAACAUUGUAAAUACUUUAUUUACAUAACUUAUUGAAGAGAUGAAAAACAAAUAGAUGAAAUAAUUUUGUACGUGCAAUAGUGGCGUAAAAGAACAUUUUUAUGGACAACAAAAUAUUAAGAGAAAAAAAAACAAACCAAAAAUGUAAGCAAGAGAUAAACGUGGAAAUUUUGCCGUCUCCUUAAGGAAAAAAAAAACAAAACAACAAGGACGUGAAGAAGAGUUCUUUUUGAAAACACUAAACACUAUCCUAGCAUUCAGAGCUUACCUUCACUCACGGUAGGAGCUUCUAAAAAGGGGCAAAUGUUCGAAAAGUUAUACCUUAAGUUUGCAAAAGACCCAUACGGUGGCGCUGCAAACCUGAAUACUUUCGAAAAGAAACUAUAUAUAUUUUCUUUUUCGAAAAUAUGUAUUCGAAACUCGGACUUUUUAUACUUUAUUCCAAAACCAACCAAAAGUUCGAAAAGAGCUUUGCACGCUUUACGUACAUAUCUGCUAUAGAAGUCGCGUUGUUCGAAUAGGUUAGGAAAUUUCUGGCAACGAUUGAAGAUUUGUUGGUCUUCUUAAUAUGCAAAAAGAAACUUCUAAAUUGAUAAUUCCUUGCAGAAUUAUCAAGAAGUAAAAACGUAUUUUCUGUCUUUUCAAAACGAUAUUCGAAAUUCUCAAAGUUCAGUUAUGAUUGGGAAGAUUGUGUUUUAGAUAAAAUAGAGAGAUUAAAAAUUGUUUUUUAAUUUAUUUCGAAAAGUUCUGGGAAUGAGUAUUUAAUAGCGAGGAAAUUAAGUGAAUGAAAUUGAUGACAUAAGAGAAAAUGGGAUAAUUACCCUUUUUAUGAAAACUGUCUCACUAAAGGAUUAUUAUUUUUUUAUUUUAUUUAAAAACACGAUUUCCGAAAAUGUUUCAAAUUAAUUGAUUAUUUAUUCAAAAGAGAGAUUUCGAUCAGAAUACCCUCGUUCUAAUGGGCUUUGAAAAUCAGUUUUCCAUUUAUCAAUCAGGAUAAACAGUGGCUAAACAGUAUGUUCGAAAAUAUUCGGACUUACACCAGUGCUGUAAAAGUUACCCAGUAUUCAUUAUCCCAAUUUGAUGAUAGUGAUUCAUGAGACCUUCUAGUCAUUUUUCAAUAUUAUUUAAUUUAGGCGUAGCUUUUUCGUUUCGGCAAUAUCUUUUCGACAUAGCUGAAAAUGCUCUUGUAAAGUGAAAGUUUUCAGGAUCAGCGCCACCACAUGACUACUAAUUAAAUUAAUGGAGUAGUUCGAAAAUUAUAGUGGUAGAUCUACUACCUUUUUCGAAACUCUCUCACCAGAAAAGACAAGCUCUAAAUGCAAGGUUUUACGAAUUACACAAAUAAAUAAUGAGAGUGAAAGAAUAAUAAAAAUAAAGAAAUUAAUACAACUGUAAAGACGGAUAUUACCUUUACGGCAACUUUUAAGAAUAGUUUAUACUUUAUUUUUUCACUUGCUUCGUAUUGAAUACGAUUAUACAGAUUUAAUAAAAGAAGAAUAAGAUGAUGAGAAAAAAAAUACAUAGGACUAUAUUCUUUUAGAGAAGACAUUACAUAUUAAAAAAAAAGUAUAUAUUAGGAUAUAUUUUAGCAAGAGCAUGUAAGACCUGUUUAUAAAACUUUAUUGUAGACAUUUCAUAAAUUAAAACAGAAAUAUUUCAAAACUUGUUACAUUGUAGAUGACAUCAGAGAAAUACUACAAUAAAAAAAAUGAAAUAAGAAUAUUAAGAAUAAUUUUUUUACGAUUUGUUACCACUUUUUUGAAAAAAAAUCUUUUUUAUUAUCUUUUUUUUUAAUUAGAUUGUAAAUUUAUUUUAUUUUGUACAUUUGUAGUGAUUAUUUUCCAAACUCAAUGUCGUCCAUUUAACACUGAAGAUAUUUUUUUAUUAUUAUUUUUGAAUAAUGCGAGAGAAUUUUGAUGAUAGAAUGAAAAAAAAUAUAAACAAAUAAAUCACGUGAAGUAUUCAAUACUAUCUAGUCGGCUUAUUCUAUAGAAAGAGAAUGAAGAAUAAAAAAAUGAACUAUAAUAAAUUAGUUAUAUGAUAAAUGAAUGAGGAAAAAAACAAAGAAGAGAUAAAAAACUAAAUUUGCAUAUCAGUAAAAAACAAUAAAGUAAUACUACAAGAAAGAUGUGAAAGAAAUAUGUAAAAAAAAGUCGUUUAAAAAAAACUAUAUAAGGACAACAUUUAACUUAUUCUAGCUUUAUCAUAAGGAAAAAUAGUUCAGAAGAUUAUAAAGAAAAAAAUAAAGAGGAAAAAUCAAAUGAUAUUGAGACGAACACAAAAUUUUAUAAAGAAUAAAAUAAACUGUAUAAAAGGUGCUAAUGAAAGGUGAGGAAAGUGAAUUAAAAAAAAAACUAUUACCGAUAAAACUUUCUGCAUAUAAACUGAAUAUUUUCCCAUAAAACUAUUUUUUUUCAUUGAAAUUUAUGUUUGUUAAUCUUUUUGAACCGCUACUUUUUUUACACUAAAUAAUUUAUGAGAAUAGAGCAAAAAGACAUAUUAAUCUUCCUAUUGAAACUUCUCCUUAUUUUCUAUUAAAACUUUUUUUAAGCUAAUAUUAUAAAGUAAAUCACCUAAAAUCAUGCUAAUUGAAGUACAUACUAGAUGAAAACAUGUACCUUUUGUGGUAGAGAAUUUUUAUUAAGCAGUACCUGCCGGAAAUAUUGAAGAAAAAAAAGUGCAAGUGAAACAAUUUAGAAUUGUAUCACUCUGCAAUUGCAGACCAGAGAUACGAAAUAAUUAUAUAGAUAUGCAUUAUUUUCUAUAUUUAUGCAAAAACAUUUGUUUGUUAAAUGCGUUCUAGAAGACUAUUAUAUAUUUUUUAUUUCUUUUUUUUUAAAUAGAAAAAUCUCCUUGUUAAACUCAAAGAUCAAUUCCAUGCAUUCUUCCCUCACUUGCUUCAUUUGGUUAACUUUUUGUCUUUUUAAUUCAAUAAAAUCUACUUUUUCAUGUCCUUAUAUAUCAAGGUAUAACAUUAAAAUCAAAGAAUUACAAAUUCAUCUUGAGAUAUACCUUUCAGCUUUACUUGAGAUAAUUUUUCUCACUAUUUAUUUUUGCUCCCAAAUGUCUGGAAAUUUUGUACUUUUUUCGUUUAAACUUGCAAUUGCGAUUAAUUCGGAGAAUCUAGGAAGAAAUUUUCGCAGAGCAGCAGUAAAUCAAUUAAAUUUAAAAUUAUGAAAAAUAUUCAAAUAAAUUUCUUGCUCAAAUAAAACCAUUUCUGCUAAGCAGCUACUUCAAACUGGUUUAUGUGCGAAGCUUACAUGUGAAUCAUUUAAACUAUAAGUCAGAACUCUUUUCUUCGAAGGGAAAAACACUUACUUGAAGUGUUUGGUUGUCUUCAUAUUAUAAUUCUUUUUCAUCUUAAAUCUUAAUGUUUCUUUAUCCAACUUCAAGUGGAUUAUCUCAUCUAAAUUUUUAUUGAAAUAAAACUAUGUUAAUUGAGGUAGAAAAGUUAUCAAAAUAGCCCCUGGUAGAUUGACCAUUCCCUUGUUUAUUUUCCAAGCUAUUCUAAAAUUAGAGGUUAUGUUUCAGCUAACCUAAAAAAACAAAGUUCUCGUAAUAGAACACUUCCAAAUACACUAACAAUAUUUUUUUCGCAUAAAUUCAGGAUUUUUUUUUCAGAAAUUUGCCAGUAAUACCGUUCUAGCACUUUUCUAGAAGAAAUUUUAGCUUUGCCAAUAACUCUACAGGAGUGUUAAAAAAUUCUUCACAAGACCCUUCAGAAUAUAAUUAAAAUCGAGAAAAAACUGACUGAUGAAAAGAAAAUGCAUGUUUUUCGGACUAAUAUCCCAAAAACUGCUGCAAAUAAUCCAAAAAUUACUUUAAGAGAUUUUUCUUUAAGAAUUUUUAGUAAUUGCGCUCAAAACGAUUAACUAGGGGAUAAAUUUAAUUUUUCUGCUUUAAUAGAAUUGGGCAAAAUCUUUAAUUUUGAAGUAUGAAAUUUGAAAAAUUUCUUUUUCAGUUUUAUUGCAAACCUGUGACAUUUUUAGGCCAUUUUGAAUAUAUGACAGAGACAAUUAAUUUGUCUGAAAAUAUGAUUAUCUCUUAUCUUUAUCAAAAAGUAUUAUAGCAGUUUCAAAGAAAAUUAUCCUAAAUGUGAUAAUCCAGCAAAAGUUGCCCAAAUGUAAUAGAGUAGUAAUUCCUACUUUGAAAAUGAAGUCCUAUUGCCCCUAUCGCUUUUUCCGAUUGGCUAGAGCUUAAGAGCUUCCUAACUCCAAUAAUGGCGUCUACACAUUAGAGAACUUUAUGUCCAUAUUGAAGCAAAUUACCUACGCUUCUAUAGAAAGAGCUGGCAAAUAUGGACAUAAAUUUCUCUAGUGUGUAGAAGACCUAAGAGAAAGCGGUUUGACUAAAGUAUUUUAUAGGAUUAUUACUUUGCCUACAGAAUUCGAGCAAAUUCUAGCAAAAUUCUGUUUCAUUUUCGCCAUACAUGAUUGCAAUAAAAUGUCUCUAAUCAAGGCUUAAGUCUGCUCCACACAAAAAGAAUCAUUAAAAAAGCUCUGCGAAAAUUUCUCUGUUCAAAAAAUAUUUAUUAAAAAAAAUCUAUAUUUAGAAGUAAAUGAAAAGUAAUAAAAAAUAGAUGUCGAUUUAACUUACAAAAAAUUCGCAUACAAUGCAUGUAAAGAGAGAUGAUAAACUAAUAGAAUAACUAAAAAAAGAAGAUUAUAUAAUAAGAAAUCCCUUUAAAUUGAGAUAGGCUAGAGAGUUUAAAUAUAGAAUAUAAAAAAAAUACCAAAAUCGUUAAGUGGAUUUUUUUUUAAAUGAAGUUUCUUUGAGAAAGACGAAACUAAAUUGUCUUACUUUCAGAGCAAGUGUGUGAAAUUCUAUACAAUUCUUAAAGAAAAAAAAUAUUAGCAUCAGCUAAAAAGAAAUGAUAAAAAAUGUGAAUACAAAAAUACUUUCUAGAUUUUAUUAUUAAAAUAAAAAGAUGAAAAAAAUAUAUAGAGAUAGAGUGUAAAAUAAUUUGUUACUUUUUUAUAAAUCAUUUUAUACAAUUAAAAAGAGAGGAGAGUGAGGAGAAUGAGAAAGAAAACUCAUGAAUGAUUGUUAUACACACCAAUUUAAAAAAAAUAUAUUCUUGUUUUAUUUUUA